AUGUUCCUUGCUGGCUGCUCGCCGUGCUGUCGAUGGCAGGCUCACCAGGGGAAGCAGACCUUCCACCUGACGGGUCCCGGGGCGGACCAGGACCCCCAGGGUCUGUUCUCCAUCGCCGCAGAGACCGGGGUGGUCUCCGUCAGCCGCUCCCUGGACCGCGAGGCCUCGGACUCAUACCAGGCAGACUCUGAGGUUGACCCUGUGGUUGACCCCGAGGCUGACCCCGAGGCUGACCCUGAGGUUGACCCCGUGGUUGAACCCGAGGUUGACCCCGAGGUUGACCCCGUGGUUGACCCCGAGGCUGACCCCGAGGCUGACCCCGAGGCUGACCCCGAGGUUGACCCUGAUGUGCUGGACUGGUUCCUCAGCCUCUCUCUAAUCCAGUUUCCUUGCUGUCUCCUCUCCUUCUCUCCUCUCGCUAACAUGAGCUCAGUCCACGCGGCCUGCUGCGGGCGGACGACGGUGAUGACGAUGACGGCGCGCGACGCCGACGACCCGCUGACGGACAACGCGGCGCUGCGCUACAGCAUCGCCCGGCAGUCGCCCGACAAACCGUCGGCCAACAUGUUCUACAUCGACCCGGAGAGGGGCGACAUCGUCACGGUGAUAUCCCCCUCGCUUCUGGACCGAGAGACCCUGCCCACCACCACCUACCAGCUGGAGAUCGUGGCCAAGGACCUGGCAGGCAGUGAGGUGGGGCUGACGGGCACGGCCACCGCCACCAUCACCAUCACCGACCACAACGACCACGCCCCCGAGUUCACACACCCCCUGGAUCCAGACCUCCAGCUGGUCCAGGACCAGUCUGUGUUCCUGGUCCAGUCUGUGGUGCUGGUCCAGGACCAGUCUGUGUUGCUGUCCCAGUCUGUGUUCCUGGUCCAGUCUGUGGUGCUGGUCCAGGACCAGUCUGUGUUGCUGUCCCAGUCUGUGUUCCUGGUCCAGUCUGUGUUGCUGGUCCAGUCUGUGGUGCUGGUCCAGGAACAGUCUGUGUUGCUGGUCCAGGAACAGUCUGUGGUGCUGGUCCAGUCUGUGUUGCUGGUCCAGGAACAGUCUGUGGUGCUGGUCCAGUCUGUGUUGCUGGUCCAGGAACAGUCUGUGGUGCUGGUCCAGGAACAGUCUGUGGUGCUGGUCCAGUCUGUGGUGCUGGUCCAGGAACAGUCUGUGGUGCUGGUCCAGUCUGUGGUGCUGGUCCAGGAACAGUCUGUGGUGCUGGUCCAGUCUGUGGUGCUGGUCCAGGAACAGUCUGUGGUGCUGGUCCAGUCUGUGGUGCUGGUCCAGGACCAGUCUGUGUUGCUGGUCCAGUCUGUGUUCCUGGUCCAGUCUUUGGUGCUGGUCCAGUCUGUGUUCCUGGUCCAGUCUGUGGUGCUGGUCCAGUCUGUGUUCCUGGUCCAGUCUGUGGUGCUGGUCCAGUCUGUGGUGCUGGUCCAGUCUGUGUUGCUGGUCCAGUCUGUGUUGCUGGUCCAAAUGGCUUCAAAGCUUAAUGUUCUCGCUCUCGCUCUCGCUCUCGCUCUCUCUCUCUCUCUCGCUCUCUCUCUCUCUCUCUCUCUCUCUCUCUCUCUCUCUCUCUCUCUCUCUCUCUCUCUCUCUCUCUCUCUCUCUCUCUCUCUCUCUCUCUCACUCUCCCUCCCUCUCUCUCUCUCUCUCUCUCUCUCUCUCUCUCUCUCUCUCUCUCUCUCUCUCUCUCUCUCUCUCUCUCUCUCUCUCUUUGUCUAUCUAUAUUUCUAUGCUCCAGGUACGCGGUGCUCAGGGACCCAGUGGGGUGGCUCUAUGUGUGUCUCUAUAUCUAUAUUUCUAUGCUCCAGGUACGCGGUGCUCAGGGACCCAGCGGGGUGGCUCGCCGUGCACCCGGUCCGGGGGACGGUGAACACCACGACGGCCCUGGACCGAGAGUCGCCCCACGUCAGGAACAACCAGUACACCGCCGUAUUCAUCGCCACCGACAACGGCAGCCCCCCGGCAACAGGGACCGGCUCCCUGGUGGUCCACCUGGGAGACGUCAACGACCAGGCCCCCUCCGUGUUCCCGGCGACGGUGCGCGUGUGUGAGGCGGCCCGGGAGGUGGGGCUGGUGGAGGGCCGGGACCGCGACCUGGACCCCAACGCCGGGCCCUUCAGGAUAGAGCUGGGGGCCGCGGCCGGCCUGCAGGACACCUGGGAGGUCAGCAGGGUCAACGCCACACACUCCCAGAUCCUGAUGCUCCAGCCCCUGAAGUCGGCCAACUACCGCGUCCCGCUGCUGAUCACCGACUCCGGGGACCCGCCCCUCUCCAGCAGCACCGAGCUCAGGGUCCAGGUCUGCGUCUGCAGGAAGAGCAGGAUGAUCUGUAGCUCCGCCCCCUCCCUGAGGGCCCGCCUCCUGCUGCUGGCCGCCGCAACCCUGCUGUCCUGGACCAGUCUGUAGAUUCUCCAUCUCUUCUUCUGCCAAGCUGCCCCCCACCACCCCCGCUCCCAGGAACCAGGCUUAAAGGAGCCCCC